CUCGUACGGAGCUUCUACAUCCCCCAUUGCCCCAUUUCUCCAUUCCUACAGCACAUCACAGCCUCUGGUAUAAGUACGCUGUGCGUUCUCGGUCUUGAUAUCUUCUUUGCAAUUGCCAAAUCCAAAAGCAUUCCUCUUCCUCUACCUAUUCUUUCAGAGUCCUUCUCCACAGUACUGCCAGCAAACAUGACCGUUGUUGUAACCAAGAGGUUCACACCAGAGGUCUUGCUAGCUGCCCCUCGCCGCUCAGCAGCUACACCGAAUCCUGCUGGAACUCUAGCUCUCUUCUCUGUCUCCUCAUACUCAUUCGAAUCGCACAAGAAAAGUAAUGAGCUUCGGGUUCUGGAUGUCAAGACCGGUCAGACACAUCUGCUAUGCAAUGAUCUAGGUGCCAGUGAUCCAACUUGGGUUGGGGUAGCCAACCUUGCCUUGUGGUUGAAGGGUGCAGCGAAAGGCACAACAGAACUUUAUCUUGCCAAUGUAGAUCGUUUGGAGUUGAAGUAGGCCUCCCUUCGUCUUCAGAAUCCAAUUACUAACCCUAGCAGGCCGAAAUUGGUUACCGCCUUCAAUGGGUCUGUUUCGAACCUCAAAGCCAUCGCACUUAACGACGAGACCAUAGCCAUCGUUGUCACUGCUCUAGCCGCACCUGAUGGCACACUAUACAAUUCUGAAAUGUCUGAAAAGCCCAGGUCUAGUGGCAGAGUCUAUUCGAAGCUAUUUGUUCGCGAAUGGGACGCGUACAUCACAGAAAACAAAAGCUCCAUUUGGUACGCAACUAUAUCUCUGCAGGGGGGUCUCAAUGCGGCCGCAGGACCUUUGAGGAACACCUUGGCUGGUCAUUCAGUUACUCUCGAGUCCCCAGUUCCUCCUUUUGGUGGAACGGAAGACUUUGAUAUCAGCAAGAAUGGAAUUGUUUUUGUGGCAAAAGAUCCCAAGCUUGAUCCCGCAAAUCAUACAAAAACGGAUCUUUAUUAUAUUGCCUUGAAAACAUUCGACGAAUUUCAGUCUCCACCACCAAUUCUGAUCAAGACUGGAAGUCUAAAGGGAUACAGUAAUGGACCAGUAUUCUCUCCCGAUGCCAAGUCUGUCGCUUUCACGAGAAUGAAGAGUGACCAGUAUGAAAGUGACAAACCAAGAUUGCUAUUGGUGCCAGACAUAACAGAUACAGCCAAUGUCCAAGAAUUCUAUGAAACCUCGGACGGAGAGGGCGGAUGGGAUUUGAGAGCAGAAAACAUCGUCUGGAGCAAGGACGGCGAGGAGCUUUACGUUACAGCAGAAGAAAAUGGCCGAGGAAAACUUUUCAAGCUUCCUUCUUCUCCCCGGCAUGCGAAAGAUCUUCCUAUUUCGCUUACAAAUGAUGGAUCUGUUCAGGAAGUCUCCGUUUUGCCCAAUAAAGAGCUCUUUGUUAACAGUACUUCUCUCGUAGAGAACAGUAUGUACUCUAUUAUCGAUCCCAAGGAUCCUAAGAAACGCUCAACUGUCUCGUCAAGCACCAAGGGCGGCUUAUUAUUUGGUUUGUCACAAAACCAGGUAGAUGAAUUCUGGUACAAGGGCGCAGGAGAAUAUAAUGUGCACGCUUGGAUCAUCAAGCCAUCUUUCUAUAAAGAAGGAGAGAAAUAUCCAUUGGCAUACUUAAUUCAUGGAGGCGUAAGUCCUUUCCCCCACCUAUAUUUCCUAUUUCCAACGGGCCAUAACAAGCAAUUUAAGCAAUUUCUUGCUCUGCUCAUUGUUUCCCUACAUAUUUUCAUUAUUUGUCGGCUUUAUUGCUGACUCUUUAUUAGCCGCAAGGAGCUUGGAAUGAAUCCUGGUCAACAAGAUGGAAUCCCGCCAUCUUCGCUGAGCAAGGUUAUAUUGUCGUAACUCCCAAUCCAACCGGCAGUACAGGCUACGGAAUGGCAUUCCAAAAUGGCAUCAGGAAUAAUUGGGGAGGUCGCCCAUACCUGGACCUCGUCGCUGGGUUUGAACACAUAGAAUCCAACUUCUCCUACAUUGACACAACUCGAGCAGUAGCCCUAGGAGCUUCUUACGGUGGUUACAUGGUAAAUUGGAUCCAAGGCCACCCUCUCGGCCGCAAAUUCAAAGCGCUAGUAACCCACGAUGGAGUUUUCAGUACUCUAAACCAGUACUCUUCAGAAGAACUAUUCUUCCCCCACCACGAUUUCGGCGGAACUCUUUGGGAGAACAGAGAAGGCUACGAGAAGUGGGAUCCAGCGCAGCAUUUGAAGGAAUGGGCUACACCACAUUUGAUCAUUCAUAAUGAAUUGGACUAUCGACUUCCUAUUAGUGAGGGUCUGGCGCCUUUUAAUGUACUCCAGACCAAAGGGGUUCCGAGUAAGUUUUUGACAUUUCCCGAUGAGAAUCAUUGGGUCUUGAAGCCAGAGAACUCAUUGGUGUGGCAUCGGGAGGUUCUUGGAUGGAUCAACAAGUAUAGUGGCGUUGCGGAUGAAGAAGGGAAUUUGCCGAAGGGUGUUGCUGGGAUCAAAAUUUGAGUAAAAUAUCAUGGGUGAGGAAAUUAGUGGUGAUUUGGAGAUUGAUAUUGUGCCUUUCUUGUUUAUAUUUGUAGUGAAGUAUGGAAUUUAAUGUUUUCUGAUGUCUCUGUUCUGUUCUUGUUGUUUUCCUAGCCUUAUAAGUCCUGUGUUUGCAGCAACUGACUACUA